ACAGAAUUCAUCAGAGCUGAGCUUUUAAAAAGAAAUCGCGAGUUUAAAAAGCGGCUUUAUUCGAGUCGGACAUUGAAGCUCCGGUCACAGGUGUGUGUGAAGACACACCCACAGCAAACACAGAGCGGAGAGAGAGAGAGAGCGUGAGAACAGGUUUCUUUCUCACACACCCUUCACUUUCAAGGAAACUACGACAAGAGCCUUCGCCAUGCAGUGCCCGCAGUCUCCGGGGCGAAUCCUGUCGGAGGAGCAGUUCUCCUGCUCCAUCUGUCUGGAGGUCUUCGUCGAGCCCGUCUCCACUCCGUGUGGUCACACUUUCUGCAAGGCCUGUCUGCAGGGCUUCUGGAAUCACAGCAAGAAGUUCCUGUGCCCCAUGUGCAAGAAAACCUUCUCCAGAAAACCAGAGCUCAGUGUCAACUGCGUGCUGGCCGAGAUCGCCGAGCAGUUCCAGGGUCUGUCCACGAUGUCCUCGCUCGACCGGGCCAACGUCGAGUUUUCCAAUUCCCCGCAGAAAGACGACGAUUGGGGAGACUUCGCUAAAGCUGGAGACGUGCCCUGCGACGCAUGCAUCGGCCGGAAGAUGAAGGCCAUGAAGUCGUGUCUGAGCUGCCCGGGUUCGUUUUGCGAAGCUCACCUGCGGCACCAUAAGAAGGGGAAGACGAUGAGCUCGCACAAGCUGCUGGAGCCCAUGCACAACCUGGAGGACAAGAUGUGCAAGACGCACAAACGCCUCCUGGACGCUUACUGUCGAAACGAACACAUGUGUGUGUGUAAAGAGUGCGCAGAGACCUCGCAUAAAGCCCAUGACGUAGUCUCCACUGAACGAGAGUGGAAGAAAAAAACGAGUCAGCUGGGAAAGAAAAGGUCGGAACUGAAACAUCUGAUCAAGGAGCGAGAGAAGAAACUCGAGGAGAUCAAGCAGUCUAUCAAAGUCAUCAAAGACAGCAGUCAGAAGGAGAUCGAGGAGAGCUGGGCUGUUUACGCCGAGCUGCAGCGGCUGCUGGAACAGUCUCAGGCCGAGCUCCUGGAGCUCAUCACCACACGACAGAAACAAGCGGAGCAGCAGGCCAAAGAUCUGGCGAGCGGCCUGGAGCACGAGCUCAACACCCUGAGGAAGAGGAGCAGCGAGCUGGACGCGCUCGCCCAGACACACGACAGGGUGCUCUUUCUACAGUUCCUGCCGUCCCUCCCUCCUCCGCCGGAGCCGGCUGAUUGGUCAUCGGUGUACGUGAACACGGAUCUGUAUCUCAGCACCAUCAGAAAAUCUGUCUGCUGUCUGGUGGACAAAUUCCAACAGGAGGUCAAACGGCUUUAUGGGAAAGAACUCAGGAAGCUGCAAAAUUAUGCAAGUGAGGUGAUCUUGGAUCCGAUCACGGCUCAGCGUGAUCUCUGUCUGUCCGAGGACGGGCGCCAGGUGCGCUACGAAGAGCAGCGGAAGAGCUCCACGCACACGGACGCUCCUCGCCGCUUCAGCCCAGCGCUCUUCGUCCUGGCGCGCGAGGGCCUUUUCUCCGGCAGACACUACUGGGAGGUAGACGUGGGACACAAGACGGCUUGGACCAUCGGAGUGGCCCGCGGGUCGGUGCGACGCAAAGGAGAGAUCCGCCUCAGUCCAGAGGGAGGCUUCUGGUGUUUGUGGCUGAAGAACGGAGAAGUCAAAGCUCUUACCGGCAGCAGAGUUCCUCUCAAUCUCGCCUCGCUGCCUCAGAAGCUGGGCAUCUUUCUGGACUACGAAGCUGGUCAGGUGUCCUUCUAUGAUGUGAAGACACGCUCUCAUCUCUACACCUUCACCGAUGCCUUCACUGAGAGCGUCUACCCCAUUUUCAGCCCUUGUAUCAAUCAGGACGGAAAGAACCCCGGAGCUCUGGUCAUCACUGCCGUUAAACACAGCUGAGGCGGCAAACUCACUCCAGUGCAUUUUCUGAAAGACUGUUACAACUCUAAAGACUUUCCAAAUGGUUUCUGGACAAAAUGCUUUUUCGUGACUGUUUUCUUUGUAAAUCCUACAACACACAAUGGAAGCUGGCAUGCAUAUAGUGUACAAAGACUAAAUGUAACUUUGAAAAGGAAGCAGACCGAAGCCAUGUUUCCAUUACAGAUUUGAGCAAAACCUUGGCGAUAAUGUAUAAUUGCUGAUUAAAAAAAGGAUUUUUGACGGCAUUUCCAUUAACCAAUGUUAUGGGACUAAAACGUAACCUUUUGCCUGUCAAGAUAAGUCAUUUGGAUAUAUUUAUUCAAAGGAGGCAUAUGCUUGUGUCUUUACAGAAGCAGCACAGAGAGAUAAUUGCUGGAAUAAACACAAGGAGAGACCACAGGCAGCUUUAAAACCCUUUUCCAUUGUAGUUUUGCUAAUUUUUCCGUUUUAGAAUCGGCUGAAAACCACCUCAUGUGAGAGUAUAUGGUCUGUGCAAAAUUGAAGCGUUUUCAUUAGGCGUAUUUCUUAAUUUGCAAUUUUGAAGGAUAAUGGAAACAUGGCAAGUUUUUUACCGUGUAUGCACUAGUGUUAAAAUGUUUGGUGUCAAAAAAAAAAGGAAUUAAGUCUUAUUCAGUUAGGAUGCAUUAAACUGAAAAGUGACAGUUAAUACAAAAAAUAAAUGUCAUUCUUUUAAUUUAAAAACACUUAUAGUAAUCAGAAAUGUUUAUUGAGCUGCAAAUCAGCAUAUUAGAGUAACUCAAUCAAUCAUACAUUUAAAUUUGUUUUAAUCAUAAAAUGUUUGAUUGAUCACCUAUAUGUGUUCAUUUUUAUAACCAGGGUGUCAUAAUGAGUUUCUUUUCAGAACUUUUGAAUAAAAUCCAUAUAAACCUGU